GCAAUUCAGCCUCCAUACCGGCACCAACAACUUCUUUCCAUCGUUUCUCGCGCUUGCCUAACAACUAAUUGAUACCCAACCUUACUUGAUUGUGCAUUUCAUCAGCCCGAGGCAGGCGCGCCCGUGCAGCAAUGCCUCCAAGUGCUACAGCCAGAAGAGGACCAAGUGUUCUAGUUCAGGAUCCGCGUGAGGGCAGACCAACCCUUUCAAGAAGACAGCCCUCGCGAUUCAUAACGGUCGAUAGUGUCCUCCAAUAUGCUUCCGAUAUUCCGUCCGCUCAACAGAGACAACCUCAACGACCAAAAGUUUUUAGGACAGGCUCGGGGAACCCUGUCGAACCGAGACUCACCGGUCGUGUGAUCAAUCCUCGCGGGCCAGCCAGGUCUACUAAGAAAUCCGAAAAGCUAGUCCUUUUGCCGGAAGCCGAUGAAGAAGAGGAUGAAAAGGGCGACUUCGGUCUCGAUUCCGAUAGAGGCCCGCCUCGGGACGACGAAGACUUCAGAAGACCCGGAAGAGAAGGCGUGAAGAGUUAUGCAGAAAGAUUACCGAAAGCCAGAAGAACGGAGAAAGAAUUGCCUCGAGUGACUGCCUAUUGCACCGCUCAAGCAUACAAACUACAGUCCGUGGCGACGUUUGUGCGACAACGACAUGGUGCACGAGCCAAACUCUACGACGAUUGCUUAUAUUGCGCCUACCAUUUACCCUUACUGCCAGGCAUUGAGGGUUAUCGGUUACGAAGUAGUCCGCCGGUAAAGAGCGCAAAAGGUGGAACGGUUUUGGACGAGGCUAUCGAGCGCAGUGAACAGAGAGACUAUCGGGGUGCAUACUAUGCUGAGGAGGAGGAACAACAUUCAGUGAGAGGGCACUAUACUCCAGAAGAACACUCCUCUGAAUCAAGACAUGAUGACGGUGAGCUCGAGAGGCCACGGCUGAACGGCGAACGACGGGGCAGCAAUCAGUCUCAGAGAUCAAACAGCCCUGGUCCUACAGGUGUGCCUGUUGACGCCUAUCGUUUUGCAGAAAUGUUCGUGUUGGAUUAUGGUGUGGUCGUAUUCUGGAACUUCACUGAGAGACAGGAGAAAGAUAUCCUGGCCGACUUUGCCUUUUCGACCACCGUAGACCCCGUCACCAACGUGGUGUCACCCCUUCCUUUGACCACCAAUGCUUUGGACGAAGAAGACUUCGAAACCGAAGAGUUCCAUUUCGAGUACAACAACGAAAUCUCGCGGCCUCGAGUAUACAACGAUAUGAUAACUCUCCGCAGCGGCGACCAUAUGAUCAAGCUUGCAAUCAGCCACGCCAUUGCGCAAAGUACCAAGCUGAGCUAUUUCGAAGAGAGGAUGGCCGCGCAGAUGGAAGAGGCCAAGGAUGUGCCAGGCAGGUUAGCGAAGACCGGAGAACUCGGGUUGAAGCGAGAAGAAGUCAUCAAACUACUGGGCGGCCUCUUCAAAAGCCGAGUUGAGGUCAAUUUAUCCUCCAAUGUCCUCGACGUUCCCAACCUGAUCUGGGAUAGUGAGCCGACGCUACAUCCUCUCUACAAUGCCGUCCGGGAGUAUCUCGAAAUCAAGCCCCGGAUUCAAGUGCUCAACGAGCGAUGCCGCGUGUUUCUCGAUCUGGCCGAGGUUUUGUCGGAUUAUAUUUCUGAUGACAAGAUGUCGAGGAUCACCUGGAUAAUCAUUGUGCUCAUCUGUAUCUCUAUUCUGGUUACGUGCUCGGAAGUGUUCCUUCGGUUUGGAAUGCUCAGCACAAAAGGACCCCAGGUGGCCAAGGCUCUACCAGUGCUAUCACUUGGCAGUGAACUGUGAAAGGAGUUGAUGGUUUGAUCAUUGGUUCAGCGUAUUGCGUAUAUAUCACACUAGCACGGUGUUUGGGGGUUGUUUUUGAGAUCACACAGCCCGAGAAUAUCAAAUCAAAUCUCUUGUCCCUGGGACUGCUUGCCCACUCAUGAUAAGCGACAUCCCUUGACAUUACGGACCGCCAGAGUGCUACCUCG